GGACUUGUGUCAUAAAAACAAAAGACAUAACCAAAAUAAUAAUAAUAAUAAUAAAUAAAUAACAAAAUUAAAGGCAGACUAUUAAAAAAAGAAAAAGAAAAAAGACAUGUCAGAAAAAUGAAGAUACGAGUAAAAAAAAAAAAAAAAAGUUUCUAAAAAAUUAAAGUUAAAAAAAAAUACAGUAAAAAACGAAAUAAAAGGCCUCAUUGAAGUGCUCAUUGAAUUGAGUAAUUAGACUUCUGAAAAGCAGGAAUCCUCUUCCACCAAUGAAAUUACUGUAUCUCCCUCAGCGCCUCAAUAGAGAUUUGUAUCACAGUUCUACUUUUGUCACUUUUAGCGUUUCAAUAUGUGAGAUUAAAACUCGUCCUUUGAAAUUAGUGUCAAAGGAAAUUUAGAUGAAAUAGAUCUACAGAAAUUAACCAUUAGGAGUUAAAGUUGCAGUUUCUAGCAUUCUGUCUAUGGACAAUGGAGGACUCAGUUUUCUAAAUGUUAGAAAAAUUGUCAGUUUUGAUUAAACUAAACAAAUUGGAAGAUUCAAUUACGGUGGUCUGAUGGAUGCAAGGACUUAACAACACCAGCAUAUGGAGUUCCAAGGAUAGAAAAGUUGAGAAAUUUCCACUUUCUCAUGCUUGCAUAGAAUGAAAUGCAACCCAAAAUUUUUUAACAAAUCCUUUACUUUCUCAUGCUUGCCAAGAAUGAAAUGCAAUCCAAAGUCUUUUAACAAAUCCUUGUUUGCGAUUUUGGUCGGGUAUUUAUUUGUGUCUGGUCCUAGAAAAGUUGUUAGACUUAUUGUUGAAAUCGUCAUUAUUUCCCUAUCGAGGUAGAUCACAUCAAGAUUUUAAGGCUUGAAUAUAUAUAUAUAUAUAUAUAUAUAUUCUCCACCUGCACCGUUUAAUUUUCCCUCUUUAAAGUAAUCGACCAGUCUAAAAUUCUGUGUCGAUCUCUUGGGUGUACAACCAAUUCUCUCAGCCCUUUUCUGACCACCAACACCACCAUACAAGUUUUUCAGUACGUCAGAUUUACUGAUGCUCUUCUAUGAUAGAUCGUUUUACGCGGCAUUGACAAUUGAGCCGUUUAGCAUAACAUUUUUCUUUGCAUGACAACUAUUUUUGGCUUGGUAUAGAAAUUGAAACGUAGAAUUUUCAGCCAACCAAUAAAAUAUCGCCGUAAAUUCAACUGACUUGAUUCUAUGUUUACAUGUGCCAAGGUCAAUGCCCGCAUAUAUUUCCAAGCUGCAGAGAACUCUAGCUAUGACACAACGACAGGAAGAAGAAAUGGGUAUUCUUUCUUUCACAACAUUUUUUGUCUCAACCAUUAUUCUAUCUUCCUUCUCCGAGUAUUCCAUAGCUCUUGACACCAUUUCUGAAACCCAGACCAUCACUGAGAACAGCACCUUGGUUUCCAAAUCUGGAGAAUUCGAACUGGGUUUCUUCAGUCCAGGUAGAUCCACAAACAGGUAUGUCGGAAUUUGGUACAAGGAUAUUCCAGGUCAAAUUGUUGUUUGGGUGGCUAACCGACAGAACCCAAUCAACGACUCUUCGGGGAUUUUGAUGAUAAACAGCACAGGCCAUGUUGUCCUUCAUGGACAGAUGAGUAGUGUUGUUUGGUCAGCAAGUCCAACUCAAUCUGUCCAGGCUCCAAUAUUGCAGCUUUUGGAUACAGGAAAUCUAGUACUAAGAGAUGAGAAAGAUGAGAAUUCACACAACUAUCUGUGGCAGAGUUUUGAUUAUCCUACUGAUACUUUAUUACCAGGUAUGAAGCUCGGAUGGGACUUGAAAACUGGUCUUGAUCGGCGUAUAGUAUCAUGGAAGAGCCCUGAUGACCCUUCUCCGGGAGACUUUUCUUGGAUGAUUGCACGUUAUAACUAUCCCGAGGGUCAAACGUGGAAAGCCUCCAAUAAGUACUAUCGUGAUGGCCCCUGGAAUGGCCUUCGAUUCAGUGGUGAUCCAGAGUUAAAACCCAACUCUUUAUUCACUUUCGAAUUUGUUAACCAUAAAGAUGAAGUUUACUACAUCUUUCACCUAAGAAAUGAAUCUGUAAAAACAAGGAUGGUUGUGAACCAGACCUAUGGUUAUAUCCGGACACGCUAUGCUUGGAAUCCAGGGACUCAAAGUUGGGAUGUGUUCUCAUCAAUGCCAAGAGACAAUUGUGACGGGUAUGGUCUGUGUGGUGCCUACGGAAACUGUGUCAUUUGGGAGGCCCCUGUUUGCCAAUGUUUGAAGGGUUUCAAGCCAAAAGGAAACUUCAUGGACUGGUCGCAAGGAUGCGUAAGGAAUAAACCAUUAAGCUGCCACGACAAGCAUUCAUCUGGGUUUGUCAAAAUUAGUGGCUUGAAAUUGCCUGAUACUACAUAUACUUGGGUAAAUGCAAGUUUGAAUCUUAAGGAAUGCAAAGCCAAAUGCAUGAGCAAUUGUUCUUGUACGGCUUACACAAAUUCCGAUAUCAGUGGAAAAGGAAGUGGCUGUGCUAUGUGGUUUGGGAACCUGAUUGAUAUUAGAGAGCUUCAAGUUAGUGGGCAAGAUCUAUAUGUUCGAUUGGACGCUUCAGAGUUAGGUGGAGAUGGUGAGCACGCGGUGAUAAUAGGCGUGGUAAUUGUGGCUGUCUUUGUUGUGGUCUGUGGGGUGGUCUUGCUUGCUCGUUACAUCCGCCAAAUCAGGACUAGGAAAUAUCUAAAAGACAAUGCAGAGACCAGUGCAAUAAUAAAGAAUGUGAACAAUGAAAACCAAGCAGAAAACAUGGAUGUGAUAUUCUUCGACCUAGAUAAGAUUAUUACGGCCACUUGCAACUUCUCAAGCAACAAUAAACUAGGGCAAGGCGGUUUUGGACCAGUUUAUAAGGGUACAUUAGAAGAUGGGAAAGAAUUAGCUGUGAAAAGGCUUUCAAGAAAUUCAUCACAAGGAGUGAACGAAUUCAAAAAUGAAGUUGCUCUUAUUGCCAAACUUCAGCACCGAAAUCUAGUCAAGCUUCUUGGUUGUUGCUUACAAGGGGAAGAAAAAAUGCUAGUUUAUGAAUACAUGCCCAAUAAUAGCCUGGACCACUUCAUUUUUGACGAAACAAAAAGUAAACUUAUAGAUUGGUCCAAGCGCUUCCACAUAAUCAGCGGAGUUGCAAGGGGACUUCUAUAUCUCCAUCAAGAUUCGAGAUUAAGGAUUAUACAUAGAGAUCUCAAAACCAGUAACAUUUUACUUGACACUGAAAUGAAUCCAAAAAUUUCAGAUUUUGGUUUGGCUAGAGCUUUUGGUGGAGAUCAAAGUGAAGGAAAUACAAGCAGAGUGGUUGGAACAUGCGGUUACAUGGCACCUGAAUAUGCUGUAGAUGGACUAUUCUCAGUGAAAUCUGAUGUCUUUAGCUUUGGUAUUUUGCUAUUAGAGAUCAUAAGCGGGAAAAGAAAUAGGGGGUUUUAUCAUCUACACCACACUAUUAACCUUAUUGGACAUGCAUGGAGAUUGUUUAAAGAAGGGAGAUCCCUGGAACUUGUCGAUCCAUGCCUCAAGGACUCGAGCGAUCUUUCUGAGGUGCUGCGCAGCAUUCAUAUCAGUCUCUUGUGUGUGCAAGAGCACCCUGAAGACAGGCCAAGCAUGUCUCAUGUGGUUUUGAUGUUGGGUGGUGAAAGUACCUUGUCUCAGCCCAAACAACCUGCUUUCUCAGUCAGUAAAAACACUGUUGCGACAGAUUCUUCAUCCAGCAAGCAAGAAUCCGUUUCCACCAAUGAAAUUACUGUAACUCUUUUAGAACCACGAUAGAAAUUUGUUAUCACAGUUCUACUUUUGUUACUUUUAACAUUUCAAUGUGUGAAAUCAAAACUCGUCCUUUGAUACUAGUGUGAAAGGAAAUUUGACAAAAUAUGUCAACAGAAAUUAAGUAAUUAGGAGUUUUUUUUUUUUUGGUAAAAAAGUAAUUAGGAGUUAAAAGACGCAGUUUCUACAUUCUGUUUAUGGAUAAUGGAGGACUCAGAUUUCUAAAUGCUAAUAAA